AGGUCGGACUGUCGUUUUGGAUCGCCGACCGUAUCGGGAAGGAGCUCUAGGAAAAUGGUCAAUGACGUUGCUUCGUGGAGGUAUGUUGAAUUUUAUAACAUUUACUUAAAUGUGAUUCAUUUAUUCUGCGAAGUUACCAGACGAUAUUGAACAUUGUCAAGACACAGAACUCCUUGUGUUCAUCGCACAAUGUGGACUUGUUUAAUUUGAUAUCUCGAACAUAUAAAUUUGAAGUAAUCUAUUUUCAAAUGGUAGAUCAUAGAUCAAGGUUCCUAUUCUAAUAUUUUGACUCCCUUUGUUAUUUCCCGGCCAAAAUAUCAAUUGAUAAUCAAGUCUAAGUGGGAUGUGCAACUUGUACUAAGGAGUUACGAUUGAAGUAAAAAUGGUGGACAAGCAUUGCAUGUAAGGUUGAAUAUGUCUUAAACGAUUCACCGUAAUAAUUUCAUGAUAUCGAAAAACCGAAGCCACUUAAUUACAGUCUAAUUUGGUCUCUCGCGAAGUUAUACUGUAAUGAUAGAUGUCAAAAUGAUUUUAAAGGAAGCUGCAACACUUUCUCGAAUUUUAAGAAAGCUAAUCUAUACACGGUUGAAAAUUGAAAUGAGGUGUUUUUGACUGGCUGCCACAUGAAUUGCGUAAUAAAUGUGACAUGCACCUUCAAAGAUUAAGCAUACGAAUUUUUUUUCCCUCGAAGUUACUAAAGUAAGGCACUGGCAAAAAAAUAUCAUAAUACUAUCAUUGCUCUACAUCGAUAUUGGACGGCGUUACUAUAUGCAAAUUUUGCUUGAAACCACGGACUUUUUAUAAAGCUACCGGUGGAAUCAUCUUUAGCUUGUUAUCAAAUCUGUUUUCGCUAGGGUGGAGCAAUUCUCAGUUAGACCCUGGAUCCCUUCACUUUAAAUUCCGAAAAAAAGGAGCAAAUUACAGUAUCAAAUGUAGGGAGACUUUAUUUAUAUGCUUAAUCAAUUUUCAUCAAUUGAUUUACACUCAAUUUGAUUUAAGUCACUAAGUAAUUCAAGAAUUAAUCAGCUAGGAAAUGCACUUCUAACGAAUCUCUCUCACCCUUACAGAACGUGAAGGAUUUUAUUCUUAUUUUGUCCAAUUAACUCGAAAGUUGGGGUAAUUUAACUUCUGUUAAUUUAGAGCCGUAUUUACUGUGUCACGAAACUAUUCGAAACAAGAAAAAUUAAGGUUUUUUAAUUGCAAAUAUCUCCGAUGGGCAAUAUUUUAUGUCGACAAACAUACCAUUAAAGGAUAGACCUAUUUUAGCACUAUGUUUGGCAACAAAAAAAUUUUGUCCUCAGUAAAAGAUUCGUGGUCACGUCCCUCUGAAGUGUGUGACCUUUGACGUUAAUUUAUGCAAUUUUUGGUCGUAAACAGAUGUUUAAUCAGUUAAAUUCAAUUUAAAAAUGGGAACGCUGACUUUAGUUGUUGUGGUACUAAAAACUACAGAUUUAUAGCUGCUGAGCUGAGGAGUAAGUUAUCAUGGAAAUUCUAUAACGCUGAACCAAGCAGUUUAUAUACCUCACAACUUGCCAUUUUCUCAUUGCGUUUUUUUCAUAAUUCUCAAUAGAUAUUUGAUUAUUUCAUGUGACGAGGAUUUUGCUUCAUCCUUACAAAUAAAAUUAUCCUUGUAACUACUGGUCGCCUUUUAAUGGUGGCUAAAAUCGGUCUGAAUUUUAAUGGAGACAAAAGCCGAAAAAAUGAUAACUUAAAUAUGAAAGCGAUCUUCGUAGUGAUUUACACUACUUGAGCAGUAGAGAAAAUAAGGCCUGAAAAAAAUUUAGGGCUGUACGGGAUAUCCCGUGAAGUGAUGAAUUACUUCACGGGUUAUUCCGGAACCAACAUAAUGAUCAACUCCCUGGUAGAGCACUUCACCAGUAUCGCAAAGGUCAUUGGUUCAAUUCGCGUACAGGCCUAAAUUUUUUUCAUGCCUUAUUUUCACUACUGCUUAAGUAGUGAACAUUACUGCGAAGAUCGCUUUCAUAUUUACGUCUUUAUCCGCAGUUCACAGAUAUGAUUUUCAUAAAUUCACAGUCGAAGUGAUAACUGUUACCAUAACUUGCAUUUGGUUCUUUAAUAUACUAAGCCUGACUUUGCAAAUAAAUUUAAUUCGUCAUCUUAGGAUUAGACCCGGAGAAAACCAAAUUGGAGAUCAAUCAGUUGUAGACGAUGUUAAUAUACGCUCUUUUCAGAGUUUCGACCAGCAAAUCUGCCAAGAAAUCUUCACGAAAUGCUGUGAGACAUGGAUAAAAGACGCUUUGCGGAUGGAUUUGCCAAGAUAUUGUGCAUACGUUGGGGUCGAGAGUGUCUUCACACUCCUCUCCCUGGCUUUUUCAUGGUCCUUUUACACUAUCUGCAUAUAUCUUGGAAUUGUUCUCAUUACUGUGUUAAUAUUUUACCUUAAUGCCUUCAACCAAGGCUGGAAAUUCAUAAAUAGAUCCUUGGAAGAAGAUGUAAAAAACAUCAAGAACUCUUACAUGAUCCAAAGCGGUAGUCACUUUUGGGUGGCUGUGUGGCGUGACAAAAUUGUUGGUAUGAUUGGACUUUUUGAAAAGGAGAGCUAUAAACUCAAGAUUGCCGAGUUAAAAAGAAUGUAUGUUUCUUCUAAAUACAGGGGGAAGGGUGUUGCAACGAAACUGCUCGAGAGGGCAGUGCACUACGCAAGAAUUCACCAUUGUGAUAGAAUUUUCUUGGAUACGACCAGUGCGCAUAAAGAUGCUCAUCGGUUCUAUAGGAAGCACGGCUUUCAACUUGUGAAUGUCCGUCCGUUUCCUCAGCUACUUCCUACAAACCUUCGAUUGUAUGACUUUGAGCUGGAGUUGUAAAAUUUACUGAGUAAUAUUUAAGGCUCGUCUAAUAAUUUGUUCCUUUUGUUCCUGGAAAGGAGCAUCGUGUUUCAUUUGUCUAAGUCAAACUAAUAAAUAGUUUAAAGGCUUUGGGUAAUCCAUUAAUUGCGAACGC